CGGGCCCGGCGGCAGGGGCGGGGCUGGUUGCUAGGAAGUCGGCUUCCGCCAAUCACCUGCUUGGCUCUCGUGGGCGGGGCCCUGCUCGCGGCGUCUGUGGAAACCCAGGCGGCGGCCGAGGAGAGGGCGAGAGGCGUCACCUGGGACCCAGAAGCAGAUGAUCCUCUUCCUGAUGUCAAAAGGAGAGAAAAUGACUGCUGGCUCAGUGUGUGUCCCUCAGAUCAUACCAUUGCGAGUGCCUCUGCCUGGAAAAGCCAACCAUGAAAUUGAUAACAACACACUUUUGGAAAUGAAAUCCGACACCCCAGAUGUCAAGAUAUAUUAUACCCUGGAUGGCAGCAAACCUGAAUUUCUAAAGAAGAUUGGUUAUGGUGAAAAUAAUACAUUUAAGUAUACGAAGCCUAUUACUCUGCCUGAUGGAAAAAUACAAAUUAAAGCUGUCGCAGUCUCUAAGGACUGCAGACAGAGUGGCAUUGUAACGAAGGUGUUUCAGGUGGGCUGCGAACCGCCAAAUACAGUCUCUUCUGACAACCAUGUUGAAAAUGGUCUCAAAGAUUCUUCAAAGCAGGAAUUAAAAAAUGGAUUUGUUGGAUCAAAACUAUGGAAGAAAUAUAAGAAUGCUGAAAAUAAACAGGAUUGGAAUGUUAACCUUAGAAAGUCUGCAGACUUUGAGGUAGGCGAAAGAACUGACUCUAAAACGUGGAAAGAUCUUCGCUUCUCAGAGAGUCCAGUGGAAAUCCCACCUUACCAUGAAGAAUCAGGUUCUAGACCACCCACCUGGCAGUCUCAGUUCCCUAGUUUUGCACACAUAACUGGCCAGAAGAGUUUGACAAGCACAGAGAUCAUGAGAAUUCAAAGAAAGACAGACUUUCUCAAGUGUGCCCAGUGCCUGGCCCCUCGUCCAUCUGACCCCUUUGCUCGCUUCUGUCAAGAAUGUGGCUCUCCUGUCCCACCCAUAUUUGGCUGUCGUCUCCCACCCCCAGAAGGAGCUCAGAUGGGCUUAUGUGCAGAGUGUGGAAGCAUGGUGCCCACGAACACUCCCAUCUGUGUGGUGUGUGAGGCCUCCCUUACCUUGCAGCUGCAGCCACAGGCCAGCCUCCGCUUGAAGGCCUCUGUACCCUACAUCUGCUGGACUCUGAUCCCUGGACCCACUGCCCUGUGCCUGCCUAUACAUGCAGUGGUGGAGGUGGCACUCAUGGAGAAAGUAGUCUGCCACACCUGUGGCACAGGGAAUCCAGCUUACUUGAAAUACUGUGUCACCUGUGAGGGGGCCCUGCCUUCAUCACAGCAGCCCACGCACAGUGAAGAUAAAGCCCCUUCUCUUCCCAUUCAGAAAGGGGAGACAAUUUCCUGCUCCAAGUAUGGUCAUAGGAAUCGCCAGGAGGCUUACUUCUGUGACUCGUGUGGAGCCACGCUGGGCGUUUCUGCUUGCUAUUCUGUUUGCCCUAAAUGUGGGGCCAGCAAUCACCCAUCUGCCCGAUUCUGUGGUUCCUGUGGUAUUUAUGUAAAGUCCUUGGGAAGACUUAGCCUGGACAAUAGCCUGGAUCUAGCUGCUGGAGAACUUGGCCCUUUUGCUGAGCCCCAAUCUGCCUGGCAGUCCCCAAGGGUUCCUUUAUCCAGACCUAAUGCUGGGACUUGGAAGAACGUGAGCACACAGACUACUGGACUGUUCUACCCAUCUGGCACUCUGCUAGCCAAAAAGGAACUGGAAAUGGCUUCUCAGAAGCAGAGGCAGGAGAAAAUGAGUGACCAUAAACCUCUCCUCACAGCCGUCAGCCCAGGAAGAGGUGAGGGAAAAGGAUACUGGAGAAAACAGUUGGAUCAUAUCUCUGCCCACCUCAGGUCUUAUGCUCAGAACAACCCUGAAUUCCGGGCCUUGAUUGCAGAACCCAGAAUGGGAAAGCUUAUCUCUGCUACUGUCCACGAAGAUGGCUAUGAAGUUAGCAUCCGGCUGAAUUAUAUUCAAGUAUCAAACAAGAACCUUUACCUCAGCAAGCCGGUAGAUUUCAGCAACCACUUUCUGAACGGUGUCACCGAGGAUGGUGAUGGGCCAUUUGGCAGCAGGUCCAGCUUGGUAAGUGACUACAGCCAGAGCACCUCAGAUACCACUGAAAAAGUCAAGAGGACAAAGAAUUUCAAGACCAAAAAAUUUCAAGAAAAGGAGCAGCUCACACCUGAAAACAGGCUCCUGCUGAAGGAAGUCGGACCCACAGGGGAAGGGAGAGUCUCUGUGAUUGAAGAGCUGCUGGAUGAGGGAGCAGAUCCCAACUGCAAGGAUGGCGAAGAGCGACCCGUUAUAAUCGUGGCUGUCGUGAAUAAGCACCAUGAAGUGAUUCCGGUUCUCGUGCAGAGAGGAGCAGACACCGAGCAGCAGUGGGGCCUGCUCCAGAAUACAGCUCUUCAUGAAGCAGCUCUGCUUGGCCUAGCAGGAAGGGAGUGCGUCACUGCUUUACUGAGGAUUAUGUUCCUUCUUUUCCUUCAAACUGACCGGGUGUGGAAGGCAGAGUUCUCAGGGUAACUGCCACAAACUACCAUGUUGUGAGAGGAUUGGUGUGCAGCCUCUAGAAGUUGAAGCUUCAGUUGUACCACUGCCAGGACCUGAAUUCUGCCAACAAUCAGUGAGCUUGGAAAAGAAUCCUGAACCACAAAUGAGAUGACAGCCCCAAGUGACAUCUUGACUUCAGCCUGAUGAGACCCUGAGCAGAGGUCUCCGCUAAGCUGUGCCCAGCUCCUGACCCAUGGAAACUCUGAGAUAGUAAAUGUGGGUUGUUGUAAGCAGUGACUGUUAUUGUAGUAGGUUAUGCAGCAGUAACCAUGCUCUUCCAAAGGUCUGUGCAAUGUUUUCUGUAAUGAACUUCAUUCUGGGCCAAAAAGAUAAAUCAUGAUUCUGAAUGGGGAACCCCUAAGUCACAAGGACAUGGUUUCACCUUGCUGACACUGCGGAAAGCUUUCCUGCUGAAGGAGGCAGUGUGUUGAGCUCAUUCUGAAGACCUAAAGUCCUCACGUGGAGAGCAGAUUCUGCCAGGAGGCAGCAGUUCUUAUUGCUGCUCUCAAGUGUCAUGGUGGGGAGGUGGCUGCAGGUGGCAUGUAUCCACUUGGCCCCCCUCCUGCCUUCUGGUCUGGAGAUCCUGAAUUCCUUCUGCUUCCCACCAGGUAACAAUUCCUGUUGCAAGUACCCUCAAUCAGUGAUGGUGUUCACUCCCUGUGGGUGAGACCAGCGGCUUGCAUCCAGGCUUCAGGCCACACAGAAAUCCCCACCUGCUUUGGAUCCAGCGGGGACCACUUGCACUGCUCAGGUUAUUUCUCAGGCUAGAAGUCCUGCAAUGGUCAGGAUUGUGUCAUUCGAGAGUCACUGUGUUCUACAGCUUACUCGUCUACGCACGGAUCAUCACUACACACUUUCCCCUUGGAAUGAGUUAGUGUACAAGUCAGUGAAUUUCUCAAUUUCACUCUUUACAUCUUGUUCUCUUUUCUAGCCUUUAACUUGGGUGUAGUGGGCUUUCAGAAACUUUUGUGUGACUCUCUAUCGCUGUCCCCCAGAGGUCACUCCACCCCCAACACUAGGAUGCCGGGCUCCGGGGUCCUGACCCGGCACAUUGCAUGGGUCCCCAUCCACUCCUUUGGGGCCUCUCAGAUCCUCCUUCCUCCGGUUCUGCCUUGUGUCCUGCCUUUCUCCAUGUAGCCCACAGUUGUCCUUGUGAGAAAUCCAAAUGCACUCCUCCAGUUGGCAGGUGACUCCUGGAUUAGCGGUUGCAGCCAUCACUCCAGCCUCUCCUUGCUGCUCCUGAGACUAUAUACCUGAGCCUGAAAACAUUACCUGGGCAUGCUUUCUCAGCUCUGGGCCUGCGUACCUGUGGCUGCCGCUCCUGCUCCUCCACUGCCUGCCACAGCUGCCUCUGGUUCUCCUCUGGCAAAAGUGACCAGGCCGUUAAACUUGCCUGGCCGUGUGCCCAUCUCCCUGGGACACUGAACAUGCGUGGGUGCUGCAUCGUGUGCCUAAUUCUAGUUUCUGGCACGUGGUGGGUCCUCAAAAAUAGUUGUCGAUGUAAUACAUUGCUUGGCUUUUUUGGUAUGGGCAAAAAGUUUUCUAACCAAACUAUAGUUUGGCUUUGUGGCAGGAGUGUCUUGGCUGUAAGUUUGAAAAAC